CUUCCUGCCGCCACCGCUCCGCGGGCGCUCGGUGGCGGAUCCUCGGCUUCUUUCUCUCCUGUCCCGGCCGCUCGUGGCUCCCUCCUUGCCGUCACCAUGUACGACGCGGACGAAGAUAUGCAAUACGAUGAAGACGACGACGAGAUCACCCCCGACCUGUGGCAGGAGGCGUGCUGGAUUGUCAUUAGCUCCUAUUUUGAUGAAAAAGGUUUAGUCAGGCAACAGUUGGAUUCUUUUGAUGAGUUUAUUCAGAUGUCUGUGCAGAGAAUUGUUGAAGAUGCUCCACCAAUUGAUUUACAAGCAGAAGCCCAGCAUGCCACAGGAGAAGUGGAAGAACCGCCCCGGUAUCUCCUGAAGUUUGAACAAAUCUAUCUCUCCAAACCUACGCAUUGGGAAAGAGAUGGAGCACCGUCACCUAUGAUGCCCAAUGAAGCCAGGCUGAGAAACCUUACGUAUUCAGCCCCCUUAUACGUGGACAUAACUAAAACAGUUAUUAAAGAAGGAGAGGAUCAGUUACAGACACAACAUCAGAAAACUUUUAUAGGAAAAAUUCCUAUUAUGUUACGAUCAACGUACUGUUUGUUAAAUGGCUUAACUGACCGUGAUCUCUGUGAACUGAACGAAUGCCCUCUGGAUCCGGGUGGCUAUUUUAUCAUUAAUGGAUCAGAAAAGGUUCUGAUUGCUCAAGAGAAAAUGGCUACAAACACAGUAUAUGUGUUUGCAAAAAAAGAUUCCAAAUACGCCUACACAGGAGAGUGUAGAUCUUGUCUGGAAAAUUCCUCUCGACCAACAAGUACUAUAUGGGUUAGCAUGCUAGCCAGAGGUGGGCAGGGUGCAAAGAAGAGUGCUAUUGGUCAGCGCAUUGUAGCAACAUUGCCAUAUAUCAAACAAGAAGUGCCAAUCAUAAUUGUCUUUCGUGCACUAGGGUUUGUGUCUGACAGGGACAUUUUAGAGCACAUCAUUUAUGAUUUUGAAGAUCCAGAAAUGAUGGAAAUGGUUAAGCCUUCUCUGGAUGAAGCCUUCGUCAUACAGGAGCAAAAUGUUGCUCUGAACUUCAUUGGAUCAAGAGGUGCAAAGCCAGGCGUCACCAAGGAAAAGAGAAUCAAGUACGCUAAGGAAGUCCUGCAGAAAGAAAUGCUUCCACACGUUGGUGUCAGUGACUUCUGUGAAACCAAGAAGGCCUAUUUUCUAGGGUAUAUGGUUCAUAGAUUGUUGUUGGCUGCACUGGGCAGAAGAGAACUUGAUGACAGAGAUCAUUAUGGCAACAAAAGGCUGGAUCUUGCUGGGCCACUGCUGGCUUUUCUGUUCAGAGGAAUGUUUAAGAAUUUGCUGAAGGAAGUGAGAAUAUACGCACAAAAGUUUAUUGACAGAGGGAAGGAUUUCAACUUGGAGCUGGCAAUUAAAACGAGAAUUAUUUCUGAUGGUUUGAAAUAUUCAUUGGCCACUGGAAACUGGGGUGAUCAGAAGAAAGCUCAUCAGGCCAGAGCAGGUGUAUCUCAGGUGUUAAACCGCCUGACUUUUGCAUCAACACUUUCCCAUCUGAGACGCCUGAAUUCUCCAAUUGGUAGAGAUGGAAAGCUAGCAAAGCCCAGGCAGCUGCACAAUACGCUGUGGGGAAUGGUUUGCCCAGCUGAGACUCCCGAGGGUCAUGCAGUAGGACUUGUCAAGAACUUAGCCCUGAUGGCUUACAUUUCUGUGGGGUCUCAGCCAUCCCCAAUUUUGGAAUUCUUGGAAGAGUGGAGUAUGGAAAAUCUGGAAGAAAUAUCUCCAGCAGCUAUUGCAGAUGCUACCAAGAUUUUUGUUAAUGGCUGCUGGGUAGGAAUACACAAAGAUCCAGAGCAGCUUAUGAAUACCCUAAGGAAGCUCCGUCGUCAGAUGGAUAUAAUUGUGUCGGAGGUCUCAAUGAUUAGGGAUAUUCGUGAGCGGGAAAUCCGCAUCUAUACUGAUGCAGGCAGAAUUUGCCGACCUCUUCUAAUUGUGGAGAAGCAGAAGUUGCUGUUGAAGAAAAGGCAUAUUGACCAACUGAAGGAACGAGAGUAUAACAAUUACAGUUGGCAGGACCUUGUGGCCAGUGGUGUAGUAGAGUACAUCGAUACACUGGAAGAAGAGACUGUGAUGCUGGCCAUGACUCCAGAUGACUUGCAGGAGAAAGGUGUUGCGUAUUGUUCAACAUAUACCCACUGUGAGAUUCACCCAUCCAUGAUCCUGGGAGUGUGUGCAUCUAUUAUUCCUUUCCCCGAUCACAACCAGUCUCCUAGGAACACGUACCAGUCUGCUAUGGGUAAACAGGCAAUGGGAGUCUACAUUACAAACUUCCAUGUUCGUAUGGACACACUGGCCCAUGUUCUGUACUAUCCUCAGAAGCCCCUUGUAACAACACGCUCCAUGGAGUACUUGCGAUUUAGAGAGUUACCAGCAGGUAUCAAUUCAAUCGUAGCCAUUGCAUCAUAUACAGGCUAUAACCAGGAAGAUUCUGUCAUCAUGAACCGUUCUGCUGUCGACAGAGGCUUUUUCAGAUCUGUGUUCUAUCGCUCCUACAAAGAGCAGGAGUCCAAAAAAGGAUAUGACCAAGAGGAAGUUUUCGAGAAGCCUACCCGUGAGACUUGCCAAGGUAUGAGACAUGCAAUCUAUGACAAACUUGAUGACGAUGGUUUGAUUGCACCUGGAGUACGUGUGUCUGGGGAUGAUGUCAUCAUUGGCAAAACAGUAACUCUGCCAGAAAACGAAGAUGAACUGGAGAGCACUAACAGGCGCUUCACCAAGAGAGACUGUAGCACUUUUCUGCGAACUAGCGAGACUGGUAUUGUAGAUCAGGUCAUGGUAACCCUUAACCAGGAAGGAUACAAAUUCUGCAAGAUCAGGGUACGGUCUGUAAGAAUCCCUCAAAUAGGAGAUAAAUUUGCCAGCAGACAUGGUCAGAAAGGAACCUGUGGUAUCCAGUACAGGCAAGAGGACAUGCCCUUCACCUGUGAAGGCAUCACACCAGAUAUCAUCAUCAACCCCCAUGCCAUCCCUUCCCGCAUGACCAUUGGUCACUUGAUUGAAUGUCUUCAGGGGAAGGUGUCGGCAAAUAAGGGAGAAAUUGGUGAUGCUACACCAUUUAAUGAUGCUGUCAAUGUGCAGAAGAUUUCCAAUCUUCUAUCAGAUUAUGGUUAUCAUUUAAGAGGAAAUGAGGUCCUCUACAAUGGCUUCACUGGGCGAAAAAUCACAUCACAGAUCUUCAUUGGUCCUACAUAUUAUCAGCGGCUGAAGCACAUGGUAGAUGACAAAAUCCAUUCUCGUGCAAGAGGGCCCAUCCAGAUACUUAACAGACAGCCCAUGGAAGGAAGAUCUCGUGAUGGUGGCCUUCGUUUUGGAGAAAUGGAACGAGAUUGUCAGAUUGCCCAUGGAGCAGCCCAGUUCUUGAGAGAGAGGUUGUUUGAGGCAUCAGACCCGUACCAAGUCCACGUGUGUAACCUCUGCGGGAUCAUGGCAAUUGCAAACACAAGGACUCACACGUACGAAUGCCGAGGAUGCCGAAAUAAAACACAGAUAUCUUUGGUUCGAAUGCCCUACGCCUGCAAACUCCUCUUCCAAGAGCUGAUGUCUAUGAGCAUUGCACCUCGGAUGAUGAGUGUUUAGCUUCUUAAAGAGGUUUUUUAAAAUGUGAGACUGAAGUAUGCAGAUUUUGGUUCAUUUGGUGUAGGUUGUGUUUAAAAUAGUCUUACUCAUCAGCUGUAUGCUCUUUAGAAGUAUGUUUAUUUCCUGUAAAUAGAAUUAAAAUUUGUAAUUGAACUUGUGAAUCUCUUUAUUUGUAUAUCUGCAAAGGAAGUGUGCAAGCAAAUGGGUAAUCAAAGAAUAAAGGAGGUAAGAGAAUGAUUAGUGAGCUAGAAAAAGCCUGAGGCUGCAGCUUUCCAAAAUACUAACUUAAAACGGUGCAUAAGUGAAAGUCCUCAGAUCACAGCUCUGCACCAUCAUCUGUGGAAAAACAGAAACAUGUUAGGCUGCACACUGUUUCAAGGGGCAAUGUCAGAGCUCGGACAGCAGCUGGGGAAGUGACUUUUCUGAUGUCUUAUUUGAGGGUGCUUUCUUUCCCUUCCCACAGGAGGACUCCAAUUGCAGCAGGAGGGUGGUAGGUGGCAUUUUUCUGGGUUGAGAUCACUGAGAAAUCAGGCACUGACUCCCUAAGGGCGUAGCAUAUAGCUAUGGAGCAGCCUGUUCCGUCUGAAAAUAAUCCAUUAAUAUUAUCAGCUCCUUCUCAAAAAAUGGGGGCCUGCCAGCUUAUUGCUUAGCUACGGACUGCUUACUUGGGAGCUUUCCUAUAGCUGACAAGAAACAGCAGUAGCUGUGUGCACAGAAGACGUAAACCACAAAGCAACAAAUGCAGCACUCCACCCUUACUCUCCCUCUCAGUAAGUAUCUUAAAUUCUAGCUCACAAGUUCCUGCUAUUUGUGGCACAACUCAGUACUAGCCAUAAGAAUGAUGUCUGGAAAGAGAGACGAGCUAAAAACCCAUGGUAAAGGCUGCUGUGCUUAAAGUGAUGCUGGGAUUCAUUUUGUUGUUAAUUCAACACCAGAUGUUGUUAAUACUGUCCGAAAGCCUUUCAGCUAUUCAGGGAUACAAAGACCCAGAUUUAACCUCCUGUUAAAGCCACUCCAUUUGAAAUAAAGAAAGACUAAAGAAUU